AUGGCUCCUUCUCCUUUCCAGGGAAGCCCAGUCAGCAAGAUCUGGGUCAAAGCAGACCAGGCUGAUGGGAGCAAGCUUUAUAAAGCAAGCACAGCUGGCUGCAGGGCACUGCAAGCCAGCAGGGUUUCACAAGCCAUCAGAGGGAUGAACUCUCUCCUCAUCCUCUCCGUGCUGUUUGUGUGGGGCUUGUCCCCAGCCCAGGGGAGCCUCUUAGAGCUGCACCGGAUGAUCUCAGAGGUGACAGGGAAAAAUGCUCUUCUGUAUUACGGCUUCUAUGGUUGCUACUGCGGUCUGGGGGGCAAGGGGCAGCCCAAGGAUGCCACAGACAGAUGCUGUCAGCUGCAUGAUACUUGCUACAAAAACCUCCUGAAGUACCACUGCGAUGCCAAGACACGCCUCUACCGCUACAACUGGCACCAUGGCAAGCUCUCCUGCAGUCAGGGCUCCCGGUGCGCCUUCCUGUCCUGUGAGUGCGACCGCAGCCUGGCGCUGUGCCUGAGGAGAAACGCCAGGAGCUACAAGAAACUCUACCAGUUCUACCCCAACCAGCUGUGCCGAUGAUGGGAGCUGCGAUGCGGGACCCGCCGGGAGCGCCCUUCAUCCCUGCCUGCGCUGACCACACCAGAUCAACGCGGAAAUAAAUGU